UCUGCUCUCUGUUCAGAUUGGUGGAAUUUGUCUACGCAUAGGGUCUUGUAUUUUGGCGCUCUUCCUUCUCAACUACACUGGCGCGUUUUCGAAAGAGUCGUCCGGAAUAAUGCUUUUUCCACUUAUAACCUCGACGUUUUGGAAAAAACAAACGUAGCACUUUACACCUCGUGUUCGUACAUCCGAAGGCGACAAAAGCAGGAUGUGCGGGCCGGUUUUGGGAACUGUUGGGUGGAGAGUUUCCAGGAGCGCCUUGAAUGCAGUGUAUUUUGCUAGCUUGGUGUUUUCCAUGGUACAUUACGUUUGUGCUAGCAACAAAUAAAUGUAUGUCUUUGACUGUGGACGUUUAUUUUCCGGUCGACACGGGAACGUAAACUGGACACGAGGUUGGGGUAUUUUUUUGUGUUAGUGUUUUCGGUCCCUGUAAAUUAUGGCCGGUGUUGUGGCAAUGGCAUCUGUCAUAGAAGACUUUGACACACAGCCUUGCAAGAAAUCUAGCAAAGAUGGUGGCAGUACUGUUGUCAAGACAAUCACCAACUACUUCUCUCCUGUGGCCAAAGCUGUGGAGAAACCCUUUUUGCCUCCUCGCUCCAAUAACAUCAUGGACUACUUCAGCCGGGGGCCUCUGACCAGCAAAGUAAAGACCAGUCCAUCAGAACACCCUAAAGGGAUUCGUCACAGGUCUGCAAAAAAACACACCAACCCAGAAGUAGCAGUUAAGCAGCCGUCUUUCAAACGGAGGAGAACGGCAACUAACGCUGCAAGGAAACUUGUGAAUCUUGAAACUGAUAUUUCAGCUAAUGAAGCAAGUUGCUUUAUUGUGGAGCGAUCACAUGGAAAUACAAACUUGGCAACAGAUUCCCAAAGUUUCUGUGCUGUCAUUGGCAGUGAUACAGCUGCGCUCCUGGCCCAGAUCAGUGCUGAUGCUUAUACCUCUAAUCAAUCAAUAGAGAGCAAUACUAGUGAGCCUGUUCAUCAGGCUCAAAAAGAAAAACGUCAAGAAAACACCUUAAAUUGUGAGAAAGAUGGCAUACCUGAAAUAAACGUGUCAACAAAUAGUGCCUCAUCUCCAGUUGCACACGUAAAGGACAUAGCAAAACAAGUCAAUCCAAAAGCUGUACACAAUUCAAGGAAAAACAAACAAAUUGAGGCAAAUUGCUCUGAAUCUGAACAGAAAUCUGCAGAAAACUCUUGUGCUGUCAGCAUGGAGGUCAAUGUGAAUGAGGGCUCUGAGUUGAAGAGCAACACUGUCAUGAUCUCCUUUGAGGAUUUUGUGCGCAGUCAGAGCGAGGUCAAGGGUGAAGAAAACAGGCCUGGUGUAGUACAGUAUGAAGGAAAUAAGAUACCACAAGAGGCUGAUGAACUGGACUUUCACCAGUUGGACCGCUCUAAAUCCAAAGGAAAUGUAGCAUCUACAGAGCUCUCUGUCCAAGUCUCACCUCAAACCAUCACCAUUCAGGCUCAAAUGCACACCAUCUCACCAACUCAGGAAGGAGGAAACCCAAAGGGAAGGGGAGAAUUGUUAAUUAACAGGAGAAAGAAUGAACGAAGCAUUGCAAAGGAAGCGCUGCCCCCUCACACAGAACUUUCAAUGGCCAAGCGGAAAUCCAAUGUUGUUCUUGAUGAGGAUGAGCUUGACCUGGCUGUGCUUGAAAGUGAAUCCACGCCUAAGAGUACUGAUGUAGAGAGGCGACAUUUCAUGGCGGCUUUCAAACAACCCGGCCUGGAUGGGUCCAAACCAAAGACUGGCAAGAUCCAGGCCAAGCAAAAGCAACAUGCAGAGAAAGAUGUAGAGGAAAAUGCCAUCCAGGAAAACAAGAUGGUUACAAAAACAAAACCACAAAGAAAACGUAGGAAUGCAGCAGAAAAAGUCACAACCUCAUCAAAGGCCCCAGAGGAAACCUUGCCUACUAAAUCUGAUGACAUCCAAGAGGAAUCAGACACUUCCUUAAAUUACUCCAUCCCAGCUGUGAGGUGGUCUCGGAGAGAGGUUGUUGUCAGGCAAGCCAAAAAAGCUUCAGAAACAUCUCCCAUUAGGAACAGCCGUAACCCGGAUAACUUGAAGGAUUCUCCAGAGACCUCUGUUAAGUUGUCACCCCCAAAAACACGGAAGUCCAAACACGGAGUCUACGUAGCAGAGAUAUGUCCACCUGAUCCUAAAAAGGGUCCAAUCAGGAUAAAAUUUAAAAGAGUUCAUCAAACUGUAUCUGGAGGUGGCAAAAAUCCUUUGGCUUCUAAUACAUCGGAUAACUCCAAGAAACAGAAGAAGGCGAAAAAACUGGUGGAGAAAGCUAAAGCAAUACAACAGAUUAAGAAAGGGGCUAUUGAGAAAAAGAGCACAUUAAGGCGUUCAUCAAGGACUGAGGCCUCCAUCUCAAAGAGUUAUUGUGAAGAUGAGAAUUCUGUCAUUUGCCUGGAGGAGGUUUCUCUUCAGAUGGGACCACAAAAAAGUAAAACUAAGAAGUCGUUACGCUGUCUAAAUGAUGUACUGGGCAAAGCCACCAAAGCUCCCCCAGACUCCAAGGACACUUUGCCAGGCCAAGAGAAGAAUGCGCGUAAGGCAUCUGCUGUGAUUUCCAUCUUUGAUGAGAACAGCCAGGAGGGCUCUGAAAACUCCCAAGAUGAUGAGGAGUUCAAGGCUCGCAGAGAGUUUCUCAAGAGUGGGCUGCCUGAGUCUUUCAAGAAGCAGAUGGCCAAGGCUGCUGCCACCAAGGAGACAUACACGCUUUCCUGUGCCUCUUUACAACCCGUCAUACACAUGACGCAAAUACCAAAUAAUUGUCCUCUAUGGAAUCUACCCUGGCCCAAAUCUCCCCAACUGUGCUGUCUUAAAGAGAUUUGCAUCCCAGUGUCUCACCCCUUUUUACCUCUAAAUGGCUCCUUUGGCGUGAAGACAGAACCAGAACGGGGAGUGUUUGGUGCCCGAGGUUCUGGUUGGAGCCUUGAGAUGUCUGAACAAGUUCGCCAACUUCUUAUGGAGGAGGUGAGCACCUCAAAUCCUCUCUUCCCUAGUAAGACGUUGAUGCCUCGCUUCUUGGCCAGACGUGCUGAUUACCAGCAACACUCUGAGGCUGGAAGCAUUCAGUUGUCACUUGAGCCAGUAGGAGGAAAGAGGAAGAGGAAGCAUGAUGAGGAGGCGAAAGUAGCUAAGAAACAGCGGGCCACCAAUCCAGAAGGAAACAUUUGCUCCCUGGAGCUGGAACCGUCAAAGAGGGCAGGCCGCACAAGACGAGCCCAGAGAGCCAAACUGGAUAAGGCAAAGGACAAUCCUUCGCCUGGAAAAGAUGAUAUAGUUGUGCUUGAUUACUUGUGUGAGGGCACUGAGAAUAAAGUUGAGGCUAAGGAGGAAGUUUUGUGGACGGACAAAUAUCAGCCGCAGCACUCCUGUGACAUCAUUGGCAACACUGCCUCAGUGCGACGUCUCCACUGUUGGCUGAGGGAAUGGAAGCUCCGUGCAGACAGGGAAGAGAGAAAUAAGCAGAAAGGAAAGAAACAGGAGGAGGGCAGCAACGACUCUGACUGGGACUGUGGAGAGGAGGAGUCCCUGCUUGCAGAGGACUCGUUGUGCAAUACAGUCCUCAUCACAGGACCCACGGGAAUAGGAAAGACUGCCACAGUCUAUGCCUGUGCUCAGGAGUUGGGCUUCAAGGUGUUUGAGGUGAACGCUUCAUCUCAGCGGAGUGGCCGUCUGAUUCUGUCCCAGCUGAAGGAGGCCACUCAGUCGCACCAGGUGGACAGUCAAGGAGUCAAUGCCAACAAGCCCACAUACUUCAACAGCUGCAGCAUGAGCAGCAGCACUGGCAAGCAAGGUGCCUCUCCAAGAAAGAUGAACUCUCCUCGCAGGGUUGUCUCAUCUCCCAGGAAAGCUCCCAACUCCCCAAGAGGUGCUAAACGAGGAGGCUUGACUCCAACCUCUUUAGCUAACUUCUUCAAAACGGGCCAACCCAGCAACAAGGAACCACCGAGCACUAAGCAGGAUGAGCAAAAGGCCUCUCCCAAGAAAAUGAAACCACAGGAGGACACCAGGAAACAAAAAGACACCACAGUCAAAUCAAAUGCAGCUUCCACGACGAAGGAGAAUGAGGAGCAGAGCAAGAAGACCGCCACCUCGCUCAUACUGUUUGAAGAAGUAGAUGUUAUUUUUGAUGAAGACUCUGGUUUUCUUGCUGCCAUCAAGACGUUCAUGAGCACAACGAAAAGACCAGUCAUCCUCACCACCAGCGAUCCUGCAUUCAGUGCUGUGUUUGACGGCAACUUCGAAGAGGUCCUUUUCAAAACACCCUCUUUGCUGGACGUGAGCAGCUACCUGCGCCUGUUGUGUCUGGCUGAGGACAAGUGGACAGACCAGCGUGACAUCAGCACACUGCUCAAACUCAAUGGCUGUGACAUCAGGCAGAGCUUGUUGCAGCUGCAAUGCUGGACUCGCAGUGCAGGGGGUCGCCGCAUGACAUCACCCACGGCAGAAACAGUCCCAAAUGGAAAUGAACUGAAGCCAGCGACUUGUGGAGAAGCAGCAGACACGUGCGCACUAAGUGUAGCGUCACCUCGACCUCCAUGUGAAAGCGGCUGUACUGAGAGUCUGCUCGGGUUACUGAAUAUUGAACCUUGGAGAGACGUUUGGGAGCUGCUUCGGAGUCAGACACAUGAGAUGGCUUGCUGGGAGCUGCUAAUGGAGAGCACUCGACGUGGAGUUAACGUGCUCUACUCCAACAUGGAGACCCUCUUACCUUUACCACGCAUGCACUUGAUCUCCACCUACAAACCGCACCCCCCAUCUGUUAUCGUAUCUAUUUGUCCGCAGUCUUCCCAUGCGAGGCUGCUGCACUCAUCUGAAUCAGCUGAUUGCUCAGAUGACGGGAGUCCAAUUAAAGUGUCCCACAGAAUGAAAACAAACAAGAGGAGACACUACCUACCGGACCAGGAUGGACUGCACUCGGACUCUGACUCAGAGGAGAGUUUCCUCUCUCUCUGCAAACAGCAUGGAUCUCAGGGCAAAGAGGAACCGACUGAAAGAUUAGUUCCGCAAAUAGACAAAAGGAAACCACGGACUCCUGCAGAGCGUCUAAAGAGUGUCCCUGUCUCCAAGUGCCUGGAAUCAAUAAGUGACUUUUUCGACAAUAUGUCUGACAUCGACUCCUUACUUGUUCAUCACGGGGGUGAUGCUCGCAGGGGACACCUGCAAGUCAGUACAGCUCUGAAGGAUGGGAUGACUAAUGAGCCCAGAGUUGAGUUGGACACGUUGAGCUGGGUGAUGGGUGAGCGUGUGCUGGAGGUCCAGACCGCAGCUGAGGCGCUGAGCUUCCACAAGUGUCGGCUCUCUGUAGCAGAGGCCUGGGACCGAGCCCAACAGCUGGAGGGGCAUCUAGCGGAGGAAGCCGUGGCAGAACUCACCCUCCCUGUGGCCUCUCAUUGCGAAUGUUGCAGCUUCACUCAGAGCAGCCUCUGUCAACCCCAGAUGGUGCAGCAGAGGAAAGAUGUUAUGGAGAAUCUGGUGUUCAGAGGAACAUUUGGUACUCUAGGCAACAGAUCUGCAGCUGCUGUGGACUACUUGCCAGCCCUGCGCACCAUCUGCAGGUCAGAGCAGAUUAGGGAGCAAGGCAAGGUGAAACGAAGGUUUCUACACUACCUGGACUCCAUCCAUAUGGGUCUCCACAAGAAUACUAUCCAAUACCUUUCCACAGAGUUCCCAUAAUCCUCAGGGAAGAAGACCAAACAAUUCCUUGUGAUUAUUUUCACAAAUGAUUAAGGGUUCCAGGUGAACAAAGGGAAAUAUGGCAGGUAUAGUGCAGCAUAUGUUGUCUGCAGGGGUUAGGAAUGCCAACUGCAUUGGUUAGUGUAGGUGCUGACACAAGGCGGUAACUCACUUUUCGUUUUAAGUAACUCACUCAAUUGCGUCCAGUGAAGUCUCAAAGUGUGCGUCCUCAGAUUGAAAUGACUGCAUCACUGAUGAAAAGAACAAUGUUUUGGCAUCACUUGUCCUCACAUGCAGUGUUGGACUCAGGACAUCUUCAGGUGUUUUGAAAGAUAGCACUAAAAUGAUCACAUUAAUCUGUGUUUUUGUACAUUUGUAUUUUAUACUCUGUAGCAAUUAUAUAUCAUUUACUUUGCUUCUGGAAAGUGUUUCUAAUUGCGUAGCAAUUGCUUUUUAGAGCAAGUGUGGAUCUUUAAUCGACUAAGAGUUGAAUGUGAAAAAUAGCAAGAAAUCUCUGUGUAAAGGCUUUCUAUAAAUUGUAACUGGCCACCUAAUUAAUUGAGUGUUUUAAUUAUUUGCUGGCUCUUAAAACAUAAAUGUCACAUUCACAUAAUCACAUUUUUACAAAUAUUUUUUCCAACCUUCAAUUUUUUACACUUUUACAUUGGGGUUUUGUUGUGAGUAAAUAAAGUUUAUCAAAGUUUUACAAA